UAACCCCUGAUAAAAAAGACGAACUAAUUGAGAUAUUAGUUAAGCAAGUACAGCAACUAUCGGUCAACUACGUCACGGCACAUAACCAACAAGAAAAGGAUACACGUGAAAGAGAAAAGUAUCGGGAAAACCCCAAGCCAAGAAGAGAAACCGUCUGCUAUAGGUGUGGCGAGAAAGGACAUAUAGCUCGAUUUUGUAUGUCGGAGAAGAGACCUAAGGAGCCUAGUGAAGUAGAAAGACCCCCACGGAAAGCGUUAGUAGAAGCUUACAGAGCGGCGCCAAGCGAGCAUGAGUUCAUAGAGAAAGAACUCAAAGAAAUGGAAGAAAGAGGUUUAAUACGAAA